AAGCACCACAGAAACCAGAAGAAAAUGCAGCGGAACCAUUCACGGAUUCUUCCCUAUUCGCACAUUGGGGUCAGGAUCUCAGCUCAGAAGACAAACGGGUGGCCUUAAAGCAAUUUCAGUACUACGGCUACAAUGCUUACCUGAGUGAUCGGCUACCACUGGAUAGGCUGUUGCCAGACCUGCGACCUGCUGGAUGCAAAAACCUCACGUACCCAGAGAAUCUUCCACAAGUCAGCAUUGUUUUUAUAUUUGUCAACGAAGCCCUUUCUGUGAUCCUGAGAUCUAUUCACACUGCCAUCAAGCAAACACCGACUGAACUUCUAAAGGAGAUAAUCUUAGUAGAUGACUGCAGCAACAAUGAAGAACUGAAGGAAAAAUUGACAAAGUACAUAGAGGAAGUGAAUUCUCGGAAACCUGGAUUUAUCAAAAUUGUCAGACACAGCAAACAAGAGGGACUCAUAAGAUCCAGAGUUAGUGGAUGGAGAGCAGCUACUGCACCCGUGGUGGCACUUUUUGAUGCCCAUAUUGAGUUUAGUGUUGGCUGGGCUGAGCCGGUGCUGAGCAGAAUCAAGGAAAACCGGAAAGUUGUCAUUUCACCAUCGUUUGAUAACAUAAAAUAUGAUAACUUUGAGAUUGAAGAGUAUCCUCUGUCUGCCCAAGGCUUUGACUGGGAGCUAUGGUGUAGGUACCUGAAUCCUCCAAAGUCUUGGUGGAAAAUGGAAAAUGCCACAGCUCCUAUCAGAAGCCCUGCACUGAUUGGCUGCUUCAUAGUAGACAGACUGUACUUUGAAGAGAUCGGCCUGUUGGAUGAGGGCAUGGAGGUGUAUGGGGGAGAAAACGUGGAGCUCGGCGUGCGGGUAAGGGAUAUGAAUGUUGUGUAG